AUGGAUCGGAGGUCACUAUUGGGAGAUGAGGAGGCUACAUUGAAUGUGUUCGGAGAUGAGCAUGAGGAAGAAUUUGAGGUGGCAGACGGGUUUCGGCCGACUCAACAACCAGCGAGACGCGACGAUUUUGGCGCGGGAGAAGAAACAGUACAACACGCGCCAGCCUCCACGGCUCCAAUAAAUCAGAGGAACUCUAUUCGGAAAUCUCAAAGCACCACAAAUCCCUUUUCCAGUCCCGAGGACGUCGAGGACGGAGACGAGCUUGAAUUUGAGCCAGACGAAGUAUUUGCACGAACACACAGCAUAAGGUUUUCACAUUCAAUCGGUGGCCCCAGUAGUAGGACAGCCACAUCGACGGCAGCAGUACCGGCACCUCAGCAUCCAUACGCACUGUAUCCUCAGGGUACCGACGACGAUGACCAUGAAGAUGAUGAUGAGGACAUGGACUUGGUGCAACGAAAUCCGGUUCCCGUGGGAUUUGCUGGCGUCGGCAAUUCAUACCGGCGUCAGGUAGGGCCGGAUGGUGAGGAACAGGAUAUUAUCGGCUCGGACGGACAUGCAGAGCAAUUGCCGCCCUACAGUCGAUAUCCUGAAGAUGGUCCGGAGAAGAUGCCAUUGUUGCCAACAGCACUGCACAGUCGGGCGCCGGUCCAUGGCACUGAUCCGGGAAUGGCCCUGAUGCAUGCGGCGCUGCAACCAUCCCCAUCAGCUCAAUCUAUGACGGAUGCGUCAGAACUGGAGCCUUUGCAAUCCACCUCAGAACUUGCCUUGCUCCCUUCACAUGCUUCCCGCUCACUGUCCGAGUAUGGGGAGAAGUCGACAUCACGCAAAAGCUACUGGAAGGAGCGAAUGAAUAGGCGCGUGUGCGGAAUACGCCUUUGGUGGAUUUUGGCAAUUCUCGGCGCUGUCUUAUUCGUUUUGGCGCUUGUUGGCGGUGUCGCGGGUGGCUACCUGGCGGGUCAACGUAGUAAACUUGCUAACCCUCCUCCCUCAUAUGGUCCUACCACAGUAAAACAAAACGGCUAUCCCGUGGUGACGGUCGUGACGUCCCUGUAUGAUGCUAGCCUCAUUCCUACCCCGACUGCCGGUGCUCCUCCUACUGGCGUCUUUGCACUUACCCUCAGCACCCCGGCCGAGGUUCAGUCGGAAUGUCUGGUCUCAGAAGAUGAACGAAUUUCAUGGGAUUGCAACAUUGUACCCAACAAUGAACUUGCAAUCAACGUGACAAUGGUCGAUGGCAGCCUCGGCGCUCACAUACUGUACGCCUCUGAUGACAAGGGCAUCGUGUACGGUGCACAAGCACAGAGCAUGCUUACUCCGUUCGCACAAUUCCUUGCUGUCAAAGACAAUGACCUGCCGGAUAGCGGUCCAGCUUAUUAUUUUGCCGCAACGUACGACAAAGUUGUGGUGAUUCCCGAGGACGCCAUCAAUGCCACUCUCGGAAAAUUCAAGCCGCACUUUAAUCCAACGCUAAAUCACAAGGACACCAUUGCUCCCGGAUCGUUCCCCUGGUUCUGUGUCUGGAAUGAUACCCUUCUUGAAGGCUUUAUUUACAUUGAAAAGCAAUCUAAGAACGGAUUAAUGAAUGGAGUAUCUUCAUCACCUUCGACUACACAAACUACACAGGCUUCAUAUCCCCAGCCUUCCUACUUCACCACGACUGCCAGCUUCGGCCCAGGAGCUUCUGCAACAUUCACCGGUCCUUACGGAGACUUUCCAUCAUGGGCGUCGGCUCAUCGCGCCCAAGCUACCAAUAGAUCCGGCGGUGGUGUUAACAAUUCAGGCAAUCAAAAGCGUCAGGCAACCAGUGACGUUUGGUCUCAGUAUGCGAAGUACCCAUUCGGUAUCAAGCUGGAGGAGCGACGCAUGCCCGGUAGCGACGAUUCCCUCCAGGCCUACUGCCAGCAGUAUCAGGUCCUAUGGGAUCAUCAAGCAAAUUGGAAACCGACUAGCCGUGGCGAUCCAAUCAAGGUUUGGCUUGACGAGCAAGAUCCAACCUACUCCGCUUACAAGAGUACUGGUAUCGCCGUCGGCGAGCGCAAACAGCGCCGCGGCGAUGUAGUCUCAAGCGGUUGUCACUGUCAAUGGACCAGCGGUUUAUAG